ACUUUGUCCUUAUUAGCCUUUUCUACUGUUCCACUUGCUUUCUCUACUUCAGUCUCAAAUCUGAAUCGAGUGUCUUAAAGUGGCUUCCACAGUUUCUACUGUCUCCACCUUUCCUCACUCUAUCAAUCGCAGAAGCAGAACCGAAAUGGGUUCUGUUUCUCUGAAGAUUGGGGAUGGGACUGCCAGAUUCAGAAGAGCUUCCUUGUGUUCUUCAGCUCUCAAUCUUAUUAUGCUAUUCUCUGUCCUCACCACCAAUCUUUUCGCUCUCUACGCUUUCACUUCGUCACCGACAAAUCAAACGCUCCAUCAUACUCACAAGAACAUCUCUCUCAUCUCGGAACAUGUGUCUAUUAUCCUCAGAGAGAUCGAGUCAUCCCAGAAGAAGCUUGCCCGGAUGGAGAAAGAGCUCCUCGGCUACCAGAACAUCGAUGUCUCAAGACCCAACGUCGCUAAUGAGCUGAAGCUAUUCCUACAACACCACCCACUUCCCCUCGGCAAAGAUUCCAAGAGUGGGAUCACUGAAAUGGUGUCUUCCGUCGGCCAUUCCUGCGACAAAUCCACGGAACUCUUGUCUCAAUACAUGAAUUACAAGGUUGGUGGAGCUUGCCCUGAUGAUUUGAGCCUCGCCCAGAAGUUGAUUUCGAGGGGUUGCGAGCCAUUGCCUAGGAGGCGGUGUUUUACCAAGGCCAUACCUAAGGUGGGUCUCCUCCCAUUUCCACUGUCUCUUUGGAAACCUGUUAGUGACAAGAUUGUCAGUUGGAGUGGACUAGGUUGCAAGACUUUUGACUGCUUGAAAACUAAGAAAGUUGGUAGAGGUUGCGUAGGUUGCUUUGAUUUGGUUAAUGGAACCGAAAAACAUAGGUUUAUUAAGGCCAGAAGUAAGAACGAUUUUCUUGUUGAUGACGUCUUGGCGCUGGGGAAUGGAGGAAUCAGAAUAGGGCUUGAUCUCGGAGGUGGGUCUGGCAGUUUUGCGGCGAGGUUGGCUGAGAGGAAAGUGACAGUGGUGACAACCGCUUUGGAUGUGGACGCCCCUUUCAACGAAUUCAUAGCUGCAAGAGGGCUUUUCCCUCUGUUUUCAAGUUUGGAUCAGAGGUUCCCAUUUCAUGACAAUGUCUUUGAUCUGGUUCACGCAGUGAAUGGGUUGGGCGAUGGGGGUCAUCCGGAGAAAAUGGAGUUCCUGAUGUUCGAUAUAGAUCGGAUUUUGCGGGCUGGAGGCUUGUUUUGGUUGGACAACUUCUACUGUUCAGAUGAGGAGCGGAAGAGGACUCUAAUGAGAUUGAUUGAGAGAUUUGGGUACAAGAAGUUGAAAUGGGUUGUGGGGGAGAAGGUUGAUGCCGCUGGGACUGGGAAGUCCCUGGUUUACUUGUCUGCAAUUCUACAGAAACCUGUAAGAGUAUGAUGAGACAAAGAGUUUGUGUUUUACAGGAUGUGGCCAGAGUGAAAGAUGAGGCAUAAAAUAAGAUUGAGAAACAAUGUCUCCUGUUCAUGGAGGCAUCUGUUUAUAGGUACAUAUUAUAUUUCUUUU